UUGGAACCACGCGCUUUUGCCGCCCGCCCGCACAGAGCGCAGCUUACCCCGGGUGCGGCAGCAUCGCCCCCCAAAAACCCGCAGGAUUUCGUAAAGCUCGGCAGCGAGGAGGAGGAGAAGGAGGCCAUGAGGAUGAGGUCAACGGCCCACGAGCCGCAGGCAGACAAGGAGCUGAGCACGGACAGCAGGGAGGACAAAUCCCCGCGGCACAGCCUCGGGCAAGAGGCCGUUUGCAGCGGCUCCACGGCGCAGGAAUGCAACGGGGAGGAAAAGCCCCGCAGAUCCCGCAGCAGGAGAGGCUGCAAACGCACAGCCCGGGGAUCCCAGCAGGAAAGAGCCAGCCCGGGCCGGGGAGGUGCUCGGAGCUUGGAGCUGGGGCUGCGUGAGCAGCUUCACUGUGGGGAGAAGCCCCACAAGUGCUCGCAGUGUGGGAAGGGAUUCAGGUGGAGAUGGGAACUGACUACACACCAGAGAAUGCACUCGGGGGAACGGCCCUACAAGUGUGGGGAGUGUGGGAAGAGAUUCAGCCACAGCUCAGGCCUGUCUGUGCACAAGAGGAGCCACACUGGGGAGAGACCCUACGAGUGUGAUAAAUGCAGGAAGACCUUUCUGCAAAGAGCUUGUCUCCUCAAACACUAUCGCACUCACACGGAUGAGAAGCCUUACAGGUGUCCUGAUUGUGGGCAGGCCUUCAAGCACCGCUCCACUCUCAUGAUCCACUGUCGCAGCCACACUGGAGAGAGACCCUACGAGUGUGGGGAGUGUGGGAAGAGAUUCAGCACCAGCUCAGGCCUCUCAGUGCACCAAAGGAGCCACACUGGGGAAAGGCCCUACGAGUGUGAUAAAUGCAGAAAAAGGUUUCAGGCCUGAUCCAGUCUCCUCCUGCACUAUCGCACUCACAAGGAUGAGAGGCCUUAUGAGUGUCCUGACUGUGGGAAGGGCUUCAAGAUCAACUCACACCUUGCCAGGCACUGGCAAACCCACACUGGGGAAAGGCCCUACGAGUGUGAUAAAUGCAGGAAGAGGUUUCAGACCAGCUCCAGUCUGCUCCUGCACUUUCGCAUUCACAGGGAUGAGAGACCGUUCUGCUGCUCCAGCUGUGGGAAGGGCUUCAAGCAAAACUCUGCCCUUGCUCCCCACCGGCACAGCCACACUGGGGAAAGGCCCUAUGAGUGUGAUAAAUGCAGAAAAAGGUUUCAGACCAGCUCCAGUCUCCUCCUGCACUAUCGCACUCACAGGGAUAAGAGGCCUUAUGAGUGUCAUGACUGCGGGAAGAGCUUCAAGCAAAACUCCACCCUCGUCCUGCACCGGCGCAUCCACACUGGGGAGAGACCCUACGAGUGUCCCGAUUGUGAGAAGAGCUUCUCACACAGCUCUCACUUGACCAGACACCAACGGAGUCUCCACUGAGAGAAGCCCUGCGAGUGCCCCGAGUGUGGGAAGAGCUUCGUGUGCUGCUCCAGCUCUAUCCCCCAGGGCAGG